AUGAGUGUAGUAAUCGAAACAACAGUCGAUAACCUGGUCAUAGAUUUAGACUUUGAAAAUUAUACCAUCGAAUGCUAUAACUUUGUAAAGUUGUGUAGGAGUGGAUUCUAUAACUACCAAUGCUUUCACGACCUACGUAAGAACAUCUCAAUUGAAUUUGGUGAUCCUCUAUUUGCGUUUAACGAUAGAGAAGACAUAAGAGUCCAUAAUACCUCUGUAGAAGGUAUUAUUGACAAGGACAACAUAACCCCUCGUCUAAUAAAAAGUACAACUACAAGACGAGACAUGGAAGGAUCCCUAGGCGAUAUAGGGUUCAUUCUAAAAUCGUCAGAUACCCCCCUUAUCGGUUCCCAGAUACUAAUAUCCCUAUCAGAGCUACCUCAUCUAUACAAAAACACUAUAAUGUUCGGCAAACUCAUCGAUACCACUAAUGCCAACACACUGGCGGCCAUCAAUAAUUGUGCUUCAGACAACAACCUACGCCCAACCGUGGACAUAAGGAUUAAAAAAAUACAUAUCCUACACGACCCCUUCCCCAAUAGACAACCUAUCCCCCAAUUAUACCCCCCACUCCCAAUAAACGACAUUCGUCUACCUCUACCGGCUAACGACAUUCCUGAUGGAUCUCCGAUAGAUACAUACAAAAGAGAGAUCAUAAGAAAGGAAUUAACAUUGGAGAUCAUAGGCGACAUUUACAAAGCCGGCAUUAAACCUGCAGAAAACGUUCUAUUCAUUUGUAAACUUAACCCACUUACCAAGGCUGAGCAUAUUGCUACAAUUUUUGAAAGAUUUGGUGAUGUUUUGUCCGUAGAGAUAGUUCGAGACAAAAAGACUGGUAAUUCUUUAGGAUACGGAUUUAUCGAAUUUGAAACUAAAGAAGCUUGCGAACAAGCAUAUUCAAAAAUGGAUAACACACUCAUCGACGAUCGUCGAAUCCAUGUAGAUUUUAGCCAGAGCAUCGCAAAGGCAUUCUAA